AUGCCGUCCUCGUCGUCCUCGUCAGUCCUAGUCGUCCUCGUCCUCGACGUCAUCCAAACACCCCGUCACCCAUCCACCCCGUCCCGCCCUCCAAUGGUGCUGCCCCCUGUCCCCAACGGCGAGCUAGAGGCCAGUUACAUCGUUGGGCAUCCCGGAGAGGCCAUUUGCUGCGUCGUACCCAAUUUGGAAGGUUUCCCGCGCCCUGUCCCGCCCUCCAAUGAUGAUGAGCACCCUACCUCAGCAGACAGUCCCGAGCCACGGCAAACCCAGCAGCACAUAGAAAAAGGCCUGGCUGCCUACUGGCAGCUAUGA